AUGCGCUGGGGCGGCGCGCUCCUGGCCUCGCUGCUCUGGGUGGCCGUGCAGUGCCAGCAGAGAGUGGCCAGACCCGCUGGUCCCGCGCGCGAGUUAGACCGCGGUCACUCCGAGGCCAAGGAGACGCUGCGAAGGGCGGACUUUGCCUGCUCGCUGCCCCGUGCAGUGGCUCUUGGCCUGUUUCCUGCCAUUCUCAAUCUUGCCAGCAAUGCUCACAUCAGCACCAAUGCCACCUGCGGCGAGAAGGGGCCCGAGAUGUUCUGCAAACUCGUGGAACAUGUGCCCAGCCGCCCUGUGCGAAAUCCACAGUGCAGAAUCUGUGAUGGCAACAGUGCCAACCCCAAAGAACGACAUCCAAUAUCAAAUGCGAUAGAUGGCACCAAUCACUGGUGGCAGAGUCCCAGUAUUCAAAAUGGUAGAGAAUACCACUGGGUCACCAUCACUCUGGACUUGAGACAGGUCUUUCAAGUCGCAUAUGUCAUCAUCAAAGCUGCUAACGCCCCUCGCCCUGGAAACUGGAUUUUGGAGCGCUCCCUGAAUGGGACCCAGUUUGCCCCCUGGCAGUACUAUGCAGUCAGCGACUCGGAGUGUUUGACUCGUUACAAUAUAACUCCAAGACGGGGCCCGCCCACGUACAGGGCGGAUGACGAAGUGAUCUGCACCUCGUAUUACUCCAGGCUGGUGCCCCUUGAGCAUGGAGAGAUCCAUACGUCACUCAUCAAUGGCAGACCAAGUGCUGAUGAUCUUUCACCCAAGUUGCUGGAAUUUACUUCUGCCCGGUAUAUCCGCCUUCGCUUACAGCGCAUUAGAACCCUCAACGCAGAUCUUAUGACCCUUAGCCACCGGGAGCCCAAAGAGCUCGAUCCCAUUGUUACACGGCGCUAUUACUAUUCAAUAAAAGACAUUUCCAUCGGAGGGAUGUGUAUUUGCUAUGGCCACGCCAGUAGCUGUCCAUGGGAUGAAGCUACAAAGAAACUACAGUGCCAAUGUGAACAUAAUACCUGUGGGGAGAGUUGCAGUAAGUGUUGUCCUGGAUACCAUCAGCAGCCCUGGAGACCUGGGACCAUUUCUUCUGGUAACACAUGUGAAGAGUGUAAUUGUCACAACAAAGCCAAGGACUGUUACUAUGAUGAAAGUGUUGCACAUCAGAAGAGAAGUUUGAAUACUGCUGGACAGUUCCAAGGAGGAGGAGUUUGUAUCAACUGCCGACAGAACACCAUGGGGAUCAACUGUGAAACCUGCAUCGAUGGGUAUUAUAGACCACACAAAGUUUCACCUUAUGAGGAUGACCCUUGUCGUCCCUGUGACUGUGACCCCGUGGGGUCCCUCAGUUCCAUCUGUGUUAAGGAUGACCUCCAUUCUGACUUACACAGUGACUGCAGGUGUGGGCAGCUUCACCUGAGCGGUCUUCUUAGCAUAAGCUAUCAGGUCAACGACAUGUCUGGGUGGCUGGUCACUGACUUGAUCGGUUCAAACACAAUCCAGUCUCAGCGGGAUCCUCACGGCCGACUUCAUCAAAUUAGCAUCAACAACUCUGCGGUCAUGCAAAGCCUGACUUCCAAGUACUAUUGGUCGGCUCCUGGGGCAUACCUGGGAAGUAAGCUGACGGCAUUUGGUGGAUUCCUGAAAUACACAGUGUCUUACGAUAUUCCUGUGGACGCAGUGGACAGUGACCUAGUGUCUCAUGCCGACGUUAUCAUUAAGGGAAAUGGACUCACUCUGAGCACACAGGUGGAGGGCCUGUCCCUGCAGCCCUAUGAAGAAUACCUCAACGUGAUGUUGAAGGCCUUGUUGAAGGGGAAUAAGGCAUGUUCCCAGAGAACCUACUUCCUGUCUGUUUGCAGGCUGGAUUCUGUCUCUCUGGACACGGCAAACCCUAACGUUAUAGACCUGGCCUUGGCCACCGAUGUGGAGCACUGCGAAUGUCCCCCGGGCUAUUCGGGUGUCUCUUGUGAGUCUUGCCUCUCUGGCUAUUACCGCGUGGAUGGAAUACUCUUUGGAGGGAUUUGUCAGCCUUGUGAAUGCCACGGCCACGCGACCGAGUGUGAUAUUCACGGCGUUUGCUCUCUUUCUGUCUCCAAUCACGAGGUGUUUUUCUUCUCCAAGGAGAUGAGCGCUCUCGCCCCUUCACAUAUGCGCUGCACCAAUAAGGCGGUCGGUCCCUCAGAGGGAUGUUUCAGCCCCACCUGCCGCGUGGAUGACAGAGAUGAAGUGCUGUGUGACCAGUGUGCCCCAGGAUACACGGGCGCUUGGUGCGAGAGAUGCGCAGACGGUUACUUUGGAAACCCAACAGUGCCUGGGGCAUCCUGCGUCCCGUGCAAUUGCAGCGGCAAUGUGGACCCCUUGGAGCCUGGCCACUGUGACUCUGUCACUGGGGAGUGCCUCAAGUGCAUCGGGAACACGGGGGGAGCCCACUGUGAACGCUGCGCCGAUGGGUUCUACGGGGACGCUGUGACGGCUAAGAAUUGCCGCCCCUGUGACUGUGCUCACACUCGGAAUACUUGUGAUCCAAAAUCUGGAGAGUGUCUCUGCCCCCCUCACACUUGGGGUUUGCAGUGCAAACGAUGUGAGGAUGGAUACUGGGACCAUGACCUGGAACUCGGAUGCAAGGUACUGGACGCGGGGACCGUCCAGAAGCAUGUCCAAGAACAGCCCUUUUACUGGCGGCUGCCCAGUCAGUUCCAGGGAGACCAGCUCCUGGCCUACGGUGGCAAACUGAGGUACAGCGUGGCCUUCUAUUCUGUGGAUGGUGUCGGCACCUCUAACUUUGAGCCUCAAGUCCUCAUCAGAGGAGGCCGGGCCAGAAAGCAAGUCAUUUACAUGGACGCAUCCGCACCUGACAACGGCGUGAGACAGCAACAGGAAGUGGGGAUGAAAGAGGUGAGGAUGAGCUUUAGUCCCACCUGUAUCCUGGAAGGGGAUCAUGAUUUCCGUUGUGAUGGCUGUUUUCCAGGCUACGAAGGGCAAUAUUGUGAGAGGUGUUCCUCGGGCUAUCACGGGAACCCGCGAGCCCCGGGGGGCAGCUGCCGGAAGUGUGAAUGCAGUCCGCAUGGCUCAGCGCACAGUUCCUGUGAUGGCGUCUCCGGGCAGUGUGUCUGCAGGCCAGGGGCCACGGGGCUGCGAUGUGACCAGUGUGAACCCAGGCACAUUCUAGUGGAGAGUGAUUGCGUUUCUGCUGAAGAUUUACUGUUACGAAUUCGGAAGAAUUACCAGAAGCCACAGGAAGAGUUGAAGGUAUUAAAAGAAGCAGCCAGCAGCCUCCUUGCCAAACACCGCCGUGAACUGCAGGAGGCAGAAGACCUAGUUCGUGAAGCAGAUACAAAGACCCAGGAGAGCAGCCGCCUGCUGCUCAUUAUCAACACCAACCUGAGAGAAUUCCAGGAUAAAAAGCUGCGUAUUCAAAAAGAACAAAACUUGACCUCAAAGCUAAUUGCCAAAGGGAGAGGAUGGAGAGAUGCUUCCGCUGUACAUGCAGACGCUGCCCAAAAUGCUCUAACUCAGUUAGAACAUCACCGGGACAAGCUACUUCUAUGGAAUGCCAAACUCAGGAGCCACGUAGAUGAGCUGGUCAUGCAGAUGUCCAGGAGAAGAGCGCUUGACCGUGUCUACAGAGCUGAGGAUCAUGCCACUGAGCUCAAAAGACUGUCAAGUGUUCUGGACAGUGGCCUUGAAAAUGUCAGACACGUGUCCCUGAAUGCGACCAGUGCGGUCCAUGUCCAUUCGAGCAUUCAAGGUCUGAUGGAGGAAUCAGGGAGACUGGCAAACCACGCUGUCAGGGCGGCGGCUGAGGCGAGCCUGUUCUCAGAAUCCCUUGCUUCAAAUGGGAAAGCGGCUCUCCAUCGCAGUUCCAAAUUUCUAAGAGAAGGCAACGGGCUGAGUCGGAGGCCUCAAGGUAUUACAUCGGAAUUGAGUGGAUUGAAAAGAACAGUAAACAAAUUUCAAGAGAAUGCUAAUACAAUUACCAGGCAGAUCAAUGAAUCACUCCUCAUACUUAGAGCAAUCCCUGAAGGUGUCAGAGACAAAGAAACCAAGACCACCGAGCUGGCCGCCUCUGCCAACCAGAGCGCAGCAAGCACGCGGAGGGACGUCGUGGGUUUGAGCCGAAAGCUGCUGAAUACAUCAGCCGUCCUGUCCCGGGUGAACGCCACGUUACGAGAAGCAGCUGGACUCAUGCGCGACUCCUCAGAGGCCACUCUGUUAGUUGGAAGAAAAGUGAAAGACGUGGAAAUACAAGCCAACCUUUUAUUUGACCGGUUGAAGCCUUUGAAGACAUUGGAAGAGAACCUGAGUAGAAACCUAUCAGAAAUUAAACUGCUGAUCAGCGAGGCGCGGAAACAAGCGGCUUCUAUUAAAGUUGCUGUGUCUGCAGACAGAGAUUGCGUCCGGGCCUACCAGCCGCAGAUUUCUUCCACCAACUACAACACCUUGACGCUGAACGUUAAGACGGGCGAACCCGACAACCUCCUGUUCUACCUGGGGAGCAGCACCAGUGAGGAUUUCCUGGCCGUGGAGAUGCGGCAUGGAAAGGUGGCCUUCUUGUGGGAUGUGGGCUCCGGGGCCACACGAUUGGAAUUUUCAGACUUCGCAAUUGAUGACAACAAAUGGCAUAGUAUCUAUGUAACCAGAUUUGGAAAUACUGGUUUGCUGAGUAUAAAGGAAAUGAGCUCAACUCAAAAGCCACCAACCAAAACAAGUAAAUCCCCUGGAACAGCUAAUGUUCUGGAUAUCAACAAUUCCACAUUAAUGUUUGUUGGAGGACUUGGAGGACAAAUCAAGAAGUCUCCUGCUGUGAAGGUUACGCACUUCAAAGGCUGCAUGGGAGAGGCCAUCUUGAAUGGAAACUCCAUUGGCCUGUGGAACUAUGUUGACAGGGAGGGCACGUGCCAUGGCUGUUUUGGAAGUCCCCUGAAUGAAGACUCCUCGUUCCAUUUUGACGGGAGCGGGUAUUCCGUCAUGGAAAAGACCCUCCGGGCGACAGUGACGCAGAUAAUCAUGCUCUUUAGUACCUUUUCACCGAAUGGGCUGCUUCUCUACCUCGCUUCAAAUGGCACCAAAGACUUUUUAUCCAUCGAGCUGGUCCAGGGCAGAGUUAAAGUCACAGUUGACCUGGGUUCAGGACCUCUUGCUCUGAUUACAGACAGACGUUAUAACAACGGGACCUGGUACAAAAUCGCCUUCCAGAGAAACCGAAGGCAAGGACUCCUAGCAGUUAUUGAUGCCUAUAACACCAGUGAUAAAGAAACCAAACAAGGCGAAGCUCCAGGGGCAUCUUCCGACCUCAAUCGCCUAGAUAAGGAUCCCAUUUAUGUUGGUGGAUUACCUAGGUCAAGAGUUGUAAGGAAAGGCCUCACCAGCAGAAGCUACGUGGGCUGUAUCAAAAACCUGGAAAUAUCUAGAUCGACCUUUGAUUUACUCAGAAAUUCCUAUGGAGUGAGAAAAGGCUGUACACUGGAGCCUAUCCGGAGUGUUAGCUUCUUGAGAGGCGGCUACGUUGAGUUGCCACCCAAGUCUUUGUCACCAGAGUCGGAAUUGUUGGCAACAUUUGCCACCAAGAACAGCAGUGGCCUCAUCGUGGCUGGCCUUGGGGAGGACAUGGAGAAGCAGAGCCCACGGCAGGCACGUGUGCCCUUCUUUGCCGUCAUGCUGAUUGAAGGCCACGUUGAAGUGCAUGUUAAUUCUGGGGAUGGAACAAGCUUGAGAAGAGUCCUCCUGCAUUCUCCCACGGGCAUUUACGGUGACGGACGAGAGCAUUCCCUCUCCCUGGUUAGGAAAAGAAGAAUUAUCACCGUCCAGUUGGAUGAGACCAGUCCUGUAGAAAUGAGGUUGGGCCCAUUAGCAGACAGGACGAUAAACAUAUCCCACCUGUACGUAGGGGGCGUUCCAGAGAGUGAGGUGACUUCUCUGCUUAGAAUGAGACGGUCCUUCCACGGCUGCAUCAGAAACCUGGUCUUUAACAUGGAACUUCUAGAUUUCACUAGUGCAGUUGGCUAUGAACAGGUGGACUUGGACACCUGCUGGCUUUCAGAAAUGCCUAAGCUGGCUCUUCAAGGAGAGGACACCAAGCUUCCACCAGAACCUCAACCUCUACCCAGUCCAGGACACUGUGCGGUGGACAGAGCCCCAGACUUUGUUCCCGGCGCUCACCAGUUUGGCCUGGCGCAGGACAGCCAUUUUGUGUUUCCUUUCGAUCAGUCUGCUGUUAGAAAGCGGCUUUCAGUUCAGCUCAGGCUGCGAACUUUUGCCUCCAGUGGUCUGAUUUACUACAUGGCUCAUCAAAACCAAGUUGAUUAUGCCACACUCCAGCUCCAUGGGGGCCGCCUCUAUUUCAUGUUUGACCUUGGCAAAGGCAGGACAAAGGUCUCACACCCCACGCUGCUCAGUGACGGCCAGUGGCAUGUGGUCAAGACAGAGUACUUCAAAAGAAAAGCCUUCAUGACUGUUGACAGCCUAGAAUCCCCAGUGGUGACCACCGUGGGAGAUGGCACUUCGUUGGAUGUGGAAGGGAAGUUCUACCUGGGAGGCCUUCCCGCCGAGUACAGGGCCAAAAACAUUGGAAAUAUCACCCACAGCAUCCCUGCCUGCAUUGUCGAGGUGACCAUUAACAGCAAACUGCUGGACAAGGACCGCCCAGUGUCUGCCUUUGCAGUAAAUAAGUGCUAUGCAGUGGCCCAGGAAGGAACUUUCUUUGACGGAAGUGGAUACGCUGCUCUUGUCAAAGAAGGCUACAAAGUCCGGUCAGAUGUAAACAUCAGCCUCGAGUUCCGUACCUCCUCAGUGAACGGCGUCCUCCUGGGGAUCAGCAGUGCCAAAGUGGAUGCCAUUGGAUUAGAGAUUGUCAGUGGCAAGGUUCUGUUUCAUGUUAACAAUGGUGCUGGUAGGAUAACAGCCACGUAUGAGCCCCAGACUGCUCUCUGUGAUGGGAAAUGGCACGAACUCCAAGCUAACAAAAGCAAACACCGCGUGGUUCUGAUGGUCGAUGGGAACGCAGUUCAUGCUGAAAGCCCACACACCCAGUCCACCUCCGCAGACACCAACAACCCCAUUUAUGUUGGCGGCUAUCCUGCUGAUGUAAAGCAGAACUGCCUUACCAGCAAAGCCUCGUUCCAGGGCUGUCUGAGAAAGCUCACUCUGAGCAAGGGCCCACAAGUGCAAUCCUACGACUUCAGCCAAGCUUUCCACCAACAUGGAGUUUUCCCUCAUUCCUGUCCUGGGACUGAGCCCUGA